CAGCAGUUCCGCUGAAUGUCCGCUUCUGCUACCAAGAAGGGAUUAGUGAGCAACACCCCGGGACGGCUUCGAGUUCAGUCGGCCACAGGGCUUCUCCGUUUGCCACGAACAACGGAUCGCCUUACUAUUUACACCUCUACCGAGCUUUAGGGAUGAACUGAAGAUGAAUGUAAACCAGCACACUCCAAUGGUCUCUCCCUACGGCCAGCCCCAGCCUGGCUACGCUCAGCCCGGCUACGCCCCCCUGGACGGAGGAUACCCUGCCCCCUAUGCACCUUACAACGGCCCCGCUUCAGCCUAUCAGCCUGGUGUUCCUCCACAAGGUUAUUCUCCUUUCACAAGCUUUCCCUCUAAGGCUGUGGCAGUCAACCCAGUCUCUGACCUCUCCUCUCCUCUUGACUUAGGUCAGGCUCGGGGUCCUCCCACCUCUGCACCACCUCCUGUCUCAGCCCCUCAACAGUAUAACCAGUACAGCCACAGUCAAGGGGACAUGCAGAAUGGACCCCCUCCUAUGACACAGGCACCACCCAGGCCUACUGCAGCCCAGUCAUACAACCAGGGACAUAUGAACAUGACCGGGCCGCACCCUUCCUAUCCGCAACACUACGGACCUCCACCCACAAUGCAACAGGUCACCAGUCAGAUGACUGGGAUGCAGAUCACGUCCGGACCACCAACCCCUGCAGGGCCAGGAUAUGCUCCUCCUCACAGCUCCCAGCCCCCCAUCAGUACCUACUCUGCUCCACCCCAGCCCUCCUACACCCAGGCUCCGCCUCCCGCUUCAUCUGCUCCCACCCAGCCUCCACCUCCAGGUGUUCCUGCAGCUUCUCAGCAAUACUACGGCGUCCCUCCGCUUCCUUCGCAGCAGCCGUUCGACUCGUCUCGUCCCCCCACCUCCCAGCAGCAGUUCACGUCUUCUGCUCCACCUCCGCCCUCCCAGCAGACUUUCCCCCCUUCCUCUUUUUCGGGUCCCCCGACUCGCCCCCAAGCUGUGCCGGUGUCUCAGCCGCAGCCGCCCUUCUCUGCUGCUCUGCCCUCUUUGUCAUCAGCACCUCCACCGGUUAGCCAACCUGGCUUUGCUGGCGGCCCGCCUCCGAUCGCUCAAGGCUCCUUUCCACCUCAGCUGACACCGCCUUCCUCUCAGCCAGGGUCUUUUCCUCCGCCUGGGCCUCCCCCCACCUCAGUGGCCUCGGGUCAGUACCCCCCCAUGUCUCAGCCACAGCAGCCCCCUGCAGCCCAGCCGUCACCGUACCACUCAGGACCGCCGCCUCCCAGGGCUCAGAUGCCUCCAACAUCUAUGGGACAGAGCAACCACCUGCCUCCAGGACCGCAGGGUCCACUGGGUCAACAGGGGCCUCCGGGGCCCCUGCAGCAGCCCCCUGUUCAGCCUGGCAUGCAGACAGGAUACCCUCCUCAACAAAAUGGUGCGUUUGGCCAGGCCAGAAGCCCCCAGCCUGGAUAUGCAGGUCCGUAUCCUGGACAACCAAACUACGGGGCCCCGGCACCGGCUCCCACCGCUGCUCCUGCUCCACAGAAGAGACUUGAUCCGGAUGCUAUUCCCAGCCCGAUCCAGGUAAUAGAAGACGACAAGGCUAAGUCCAAUGAGCCAUUCACAACAGGGCUCAGAGGUCAGGCUCCACCUCUGGUCACAACCAACUUUCAGGUCAAAGAUCAAGGAAAUGCCAGUCCCAGGUUUAUCCGCUGUACGGCCUACAACAUGCCUUGUACGUCCGACAUGGCCAAGCAGUCGCAGGUCCCCCUGGCUGCUGUCAUCAAGCCCCUCGCCACGCUGCCCCCCGAUGAGGCCCCUCCAUACGUGGUGGACCACGGCGAGACCGGUCCGAUCCGCUGCAACCGAUGCAAGGCCUACAUGUGUCCGUACAUGCAGUUCAUAGAGGGAGGUCGCCGCUUCCGGUGUGGCUUCUGCAGCUGUGUCACAGAGGUGCCUCCACAUUACUUCCAGCAUCUGGAUCACACCGGGAAGAGAGUGGACUGCUACGAUCGUCCAGAGCUGUCGCUGGGCUCCUACGAGUACCUGGCAACUGUUGACUAUUGCAAGAACAACAAGCUUCCUCAGCCUCCAGCCUUCAUCUUCCUCAUCGACGUGUCCUACAACGCAGUGAAGAGCGGGAUGGUCAGCAUAAUCUGUAACGAGCUCAAGAGUCUGCUGGAUCUUCUGCCCAGGCAAAACCCGGAGGUGGAUUCUGUGAUUCGGGUUGGUUUCGUCACCUACAACAAGGUGUUGCAUUUCUACAACGUGAAGUCGACCCUCGCCCAGCCCCAGAUGCUGGUGGUGUCAGACGUGUCGGACAUGUUUGUGCCGCUGCUCGACGGCUUCCUGGUGAAUGUGAACGAAAGCAGACAAGUCAUCGAGAGUUUGUUGGAUCAGAUCCCAGAGAUGUUUGCUGACACCAGAGAGACGGAGACGGUCUUUGGACCCGUCAUCCAGGCGGGACUGGAAGCAUUAAAGGCGGCUGACUGUGCCGGGAAGCUGUUUGUGUUUCACACCUCUUUGCCCAUCGCAGAAGCUCCUGGAAAACUGAAAAACCGAGAAGAUAAGAAGCUAAUCGGGACUGACAAGGAAAAGACUCUGUUUCAGCCGCAGGUCGGAGUCUACAACAACCUGGCUAAGGAGUGUGUGGCUCAGGGCUGCUGCGUGGAUCUUUUCCUGUUCCCUAAUCAGUACGUGGAUGUGGCAACGUUAGGAGUGGUUCCUGUCUCCACUGGAGGCUCCAUCUACAAAUACACAUAUUUUCAGGCUCAAACGGAUCAAGAGCGAUUCCUGAACGACCUGAGGCGAGACGUUCAGAAACAAGUCGGGUUUGACGCCGUGAUGAGGGUCCGGACGAGCACAGGGAUCCGGGCCACGGAUUUCUUCGGAUCGUUCUACAUGAACAACACCACGGAUGUGGAGCUGGCGGGGCUGGACUGCGACAAGGCCAUCACUGUUGAGUUCAAACACGACGACAAGCUCAGCGAGGAGACGGGAGCGCUCAUGCAGUGUGCCGUUCUGUACACCAGCUGCAGCGGUCAGAGGCGCCUGCGCAUCCACAACAUGGCGGUGAACUGCUGCGCGCAGCUGGCCGAUCUCUACCGCAACUGUGAGACCGACACAAUCAUCAACUACUUCGCCAAAUAUGCUUUCAGGGGUGUUGCGAACAAUCCCACCAAGGCUGUGAGGGACACUCUGGUCAACCAGUGCGCUCAGAUUCUGGCCUGCUAUAGGAAGAACUGUGCCAGUCCAUCAUCUGCUGGUCAGCUCAUCCUGCCGGAGUGCAUGAAGCUCCUCCCCGUUUACCUGAACUGCAUGAUGAAGAGCGACGUCCUGCUGCCAGGAGCCGACGUCUCGUUGGACGACAGGGCUUACCUCAAGCAGCUGAUCGGCUGCAUGGACGUCGCAGAGACGCACGUCUUCUUCUACCCCCGCCUGCUGCCAGUGAUGAAGUUGGAAAGCGGGUCAUUGCCGGUGGCGGUGAGGGAUUCCGAGGAGCGGCUGUCUAAAGGCGGAGUUUACCUGAUGGAGACGGGGCUCCACCUCUUCCUGUGGGUGGGAGCCAGCGUUCAGCAGGAGCUGCUGCUCAACAUCUUCGGCACGCCGAGCUUCAGCCAGAUCGAUCCGAACAUGAUCAGUCUGCCUGUUCUGGACAAUCCGUUCUCACAAAGACUCAGAGAACUCGUCGACUCCUUCAGAGCGCAGCGAUCACGAUACAUGAAGCUGAUGGUGGUAAAACAGGAAGACCGAGCCGAACUGACAUUCAGGCACUUUCUAGUGGAGGACAAGAGCGCCAGCGGCGGAGCGUCGUACGUCGACUUCCUGUGUCACAUGCACAAGGAGAUCCGCCAGCUUCUCAGCUAAGGGCCCGGAGAAUCCCACCUUUCACCCAUGAGCUCCAGAAACUCCUCCACCCAACCCCCCCUCCAGUCACCUUUCACCCUGCAAAUGAUUUUUUUUUUCUUUUCUUUUUUUUUUUUUUAAUCCUACAAAAUAAAACUCUCCUUGCUGUCUUGUCAGCCAAGGUCCGGCUCGCAGAUCAGAUCUUGUACGAUCGUUUGUGUGUGAGUGAGAGACGGAAAAGCUUUACUCCGCCUCAGAUCUGCUGCACCUGCACGUCCAGGGCGCAGCCGACGGGGAAGGGCGACGAGCGUAAACACAAGAGAACAACUAUGUAUGCAACAGACCGAUGACGAAAGAGAAAGCUUGAUAACUGUAGUUGUACUGUCUGCAUUAAUAGCACUGAAAGGCUUUUCUUUUUUUGGUUGGGGAGGGCUUGAGCGACUUGGAUAGCAGAACUUUUUUUUAUAUAUGAUUGAGUCCCGAUAGAGUGAUAGACAUCUAUGUAUGGAAAUAAAACUAAAUAAAUGCUGUUCUAGAUGUCUCUUAUCCACUUUAAUCAUGGCCUUAGUGCCCCAUGCUGCUCCAAUUCGUCUGUCUGUGUGUGUGUGUGUGUGUGGGUGGAUUUUGAGAUGUGAAAGGAUUAGCCGCCUUUUUUUUUUUUUUUUAAAAUCAGCCACUGUUGCAUCAUCUGAAUUUAAACUGACACAAAAAUGAUGUAAAUUCAAAUUAAAUAUCAGAUUAAACUGAAAGAUCUCCAAGUAAAUAAAUCAGUUUUAAAUGUGGCGACAUCUGGCUCCGUAAUCUGAUGCAAACAAGAUGUGCACUUCUGAUCACUUUUUGUUUCUGCGCAGCAUCGAAAACAAACAGGUUGAUCUCAGAGGUUUUAGUUGCUUUUUAAUUCAAAUGUGAAGGAAGCUUUAGGAGUACUGACGUGCAACGCUGCAGACUUUAUAACCGAAUCGGAGGCGCCGGGUGUGUAAAAGAGGAGUCUCUGGGUGAAAGAACCGAACAGAGAAAGAUGGCAGAUGAGCCAACUUUCACUCGUAUCCGCACUGAGCAGCUGCUGAGCUUUUCAGUGUGUAAAUAAAAUAUAUGAUGUGUACAGAAUUAAUAGAAAAUAACAAUUUUAAAGACCUGGCAGAGCAGCCGGGGUGUCGUGGUUUCUCUUGACAUGAACAACUGAAAUUUAAAAAUUGUGGAUUUACUCGAGAGAUGGGCUUUUUGAUAUGUUUCUGUGUGUGUGUGUGUGUGAGAAUGUGGGGUCGGUCCUGGUGAAUUUCUCAUGGGGAACAGAGGGAUCAGCCAACACACACGACCUUUAGCAUGAUCUCAUUUAUCACUUUCUGUUUUAACGAUGUGAUUUUUGUGUCCAGUGUGUGCGUGUUCAGCCCUCUGUUCUGUCUUUGUUCGCCGGUUCUGAUCGACCCGCCAUCUUAACUGUAAUCUUAAUUUCUGUUCCUCCAUUUUUUUUUCUUCCUCUUUUUGUUUUUCCAUUGCCUCCUGGGACUGCUAAUAAAAUGAUUGUUUAAAGUGAAA